AUGGCCGAAGCAGAAGCCAAGAGGAGACGGGCUGAAGAGAGGCAACGGCGCCGUGAUGGCGACACCGAUCCUAUCGUCUCUUUCCCGGGAACUGGAGACAUACGUGAAGCAUGGGAGCGUGGGGCACGAGCCGCUGCAAGGGCACACGUGGGAGAGGCGGGAGAGGAGCUCGCCAGCAAUGUGCGGCAGCAUAUCGAGGAGGAUAGGGGAUACGUGAAAGUUCGCUUGCCCAGCGUAAAGCGGAAGGCAGCUGAAGAGGCCCGGAGAGGGGACGUCGACGUGCCAGAGAAUUCGGGAGAGGCGAAAAAGAUUGCGCAGAGCAACGCGGGUGCAAAGGCUCAUAAGAUGGUGGAGGUAGAGGCGCACCAAAAAGCAGAGGAUGCGGCCCAUCGGUUCGUCGAUGCAGAGGCAGCAGUUACGGCAGAGGACAGGGCGCCAAAGGAAGCAGAGGCUGCGGCACAGCAGAAGGUGGGUGCAGAGGCGGUCAAGAGUGCGGAGGCAAUCGUGCGUAAAGAAGCGGGUGCAGCAGCAGAGCUGACGUCGGAGGCAGUCGAGCUGCAGGUGGUGGAGGCAGUGGCGCAGAAGGAAUCAGAGGCAACGGCGAGCCAGAAGGAUGAGGCAGCGGCGCAGCAGAAUGAUGAGGCAGACGCACAUAAGGAAUCAGCGGCAGCAGCACAGCAGAAGGAUGAGGGUGCGGCGCCCAGAAUGGUUGAGGCAGAGGCGCAGAAGGAAUCAGAGGUAGCGGCGCAGCAGAAGGAGGAGGGUGCGGCGCCGAAGAUGGUUGAGGCAGAGGCGCAGAAGGAAUCAGAGGCAGCGGCGCAGCAGAAGGAGGAGGGUGCGGCGCCGAAGAUGGUUGAGGCAAAGGCGCACAAGGAAUCAGAGGCAGCGGCGCAGCAGAAGGAGGAGGGUGCGGCGCCGAAGAUGGUUGAGGCAGAGGCGCAGAAGGAAUCAGAGGCAGCGGCGCAGCAGAAGGAGGAGGGUGCGGCGCCGAAGAUGGUUGAGGCAAAGGCGCACAAGGAAUCAGAGGCAGCGGCGCAGCAGAAGGAGGAGGGUGCGGCGCCGAAGAUGGUUGAGGCAGAGGCGCACAAGGAAUCAGAGGCAGCGGCGAGGCAGAAGGAUAAGGCAGCGGCGCUGCAUAUGGAGGAGGCAGACGCACAUAAGGAAGGAGAGGCGCGGAAUAAGGCAGAAGCAGCGGCGCGGCAGAAGGCGGAGGCAGAGGAGCAGAAACAGGUUGCGGAAGAGGCGCUACAACUGGCUCGGGCAGAAGCGCGGAAGAAGGAUGUUGUAGAGGCGCGGCAGAAGGCGGAGGGUGAGGCGCAGAAGAUGGCAGAGGCCGAGGAGCAGAUACAGGCUGAGGCAGACGCACGUAGGAAGCCAGAUGGAGAGGAGGGUUCAGAUGGGAAUAAAAUGAUACAGACAGAGGGACGGGAGACGGCGGGUGCUGAGGGGCACAUCAUUGCAGAGGAAGAGGGGCAGCAUGAUGAGGAGGCAGCGUCGCAGGCUGGAGUGGGGCACUACGAGGGAGAUGCGCUGGAAACAGAAGAGGAGCAGAAUGAGGAGGAUACGGUACAUCCGGCAGUCCGGAUAUUUUUGGGAGGAAGUCCGACGCGGGGACCAGGAUCCGGGGUAGAGGGGCCAUGGAGGGUGGCAGACGAUGGGGCGCCUAGGGAUACAGUGGAUCUCAACAGGCAGAGGCGGCCUACCCUUCACCAGAGAGCAGUGGAGAGGAAUCUCGGCCAAGGCGGGGUGGCAGAAGCGUUUUGGCAGGUAGAGUGGGUCGAGGCAGAGACGGCAAUACGGCAGAUGCUGCAGCGCACGAGUACAGUCCUGGUCGAACAAGGUGACAGGUUCGUCGAGGCCGAAAGCUGGGACAUAAGCCCGGCAGAGGUAACACGUCGUCUGACGCUCUUAGCCCGAAUGGUGACGCAGACGUUCUGCAACUUGGCGGCCCGCAACAGCAGCAUCAGUCGCGACGUGGCAGAUCUGACCGUCCAUUACUGCCGCGACGCCCUGGCCAACCUGGAAGAAGUCCGCCAUGGAAACGAGGAACGGCGGCGCCAAGCUGAAACGGCGGCCAGGUUUCGCGAGCAGGUGGACACGAGACUCUCCAACUUGCGGGAGAGUAUCGUAAGGGUGAGUGAUCAGGUUCGCCAGUCGGGAGGGGGGAUGGCGGAGGGCACGUUAAAUGGGGUGGAAGAGAGGUUGAGAGAGGUUCUGAGAGAAGACUUUGAGCGGCGGAACAGGGAUAGACUGCAGGACGAGGAGCGGAGGCAGAAGGCCACGAGAAAGGAAGCAGACGCCGCAGAGAGACGAAAGAAGGAACAACAGCAGGAGGAAGAGCGUCGGCAGAAGGAGAUAAGAGAGGGAAUGAAGGAGAUGAAGGAGGCGAUGAUGAAGGAGAUGAAGGCAGAAAUGAAGGAGAUGAAGGAUGGGAUGGUAAACCAGAUUGUGGGGAGGUUGAGCGCGGUUUUACGAGAAGAAUCCGAGCGGCAGAAGAAGGCGAGGCAAGAGGACGCGGAGCGGCGACAACAGCAGGACGCGAAGAGGAAACAAGUGGCGGACGACGAGGAGAGACAGAGGAAGAAACAACUGGACAAGCAAUGGCGGAAGGAGGAGGAGGAGAAGAGGAAGGAUGUAGAGGCCACAGAGCGGCGGAGGAAGAAGAAACAUCAGGAGGAAGAGCGACGGCAGAAGGAGGUGGAGGCGGGAAUGAAGGAAGUGAUGGAGGCUGUGAAGGAGAUGAAGACGGGGAUGAAGGGGUGGAAGGAGGGGAUGCUAAGUGAGGAGAAGGAGAACCAGCAAAAUGAGGAGGCGCAGAGGAAGGAGGCAGAGGAAGCAGAGCGGGUGGAGAGGGAGAAACAGCAGGAGAUGGCGCGCCUGCAGAAGGAGGAGGCGCAGCGGAAAGAUGCAGAGGAGGCCGAGAGGCAGGAGAGGGAGAAACAGCAGGAGAUGGCGCGCCUGCAGAAGGAGGAGAGGCAGAGGAAGGAGGCACAGGAGGUAGAGCGGCGUCAGACGGCGAAACAGCAGGAAUUGGACCGCCUGCAGAAGGAGGAGGCGCAGAAGGAGGCAGAGGAGGCUGAGAGGCAGCAGCGGGCAAAACAGCAGGAGAUGGAGCGCCUGCAGAAGGAGGAGGCGCAGAAGAAGGAGGCAGAGGAGGCCGAGCGGCAGCAGCGGGCGAAACAGCAGGAGAUGGAGCGCCUGCAGAAGGAGGAGGCGCAGAAGAAGGAGGCAGAGGAGGCCGAGCGGCGGCACAGGGCAAAACAGCAGGAGAUGGAGCGCCUGCAGAAGGCGGAGCAGUGCCGAGCAAAGAAGAGGGCCAGACUUGCAUCCUACGCAGAACAGCAGCGGCAACUGGAGGCAAAGGCAAAGGCGAUGGCUGAAGAGACGGAACGAUUGGCAAGGGAGAUGGAAGAGGAGGAUUUGACCAUGCAGGGGGAGGGGACCUGGAAGGGAGUCGAGGAGGAAAUAGCUGAGGGCCUGGGGAGUUUGCUGUUGAUUGAGAGCGGGGAGGCGAAUGUAGCAGAGGGCUUGGCUAUUGUUCCCGGACAGAACGUAGAAGUGUCCAGGAGGCGGCCUAGACAUGAGGACAGGGAGCCGGAGGGUCAUGCGGCUAAGAGACGGCGUGCAGCUGGUAUACAGGAGUUGAUACCGAUAAUCCUAGGGGAAAACAAAGGGAUGAAGAUCGACAAGUGUGACAACAGGAAAAACGCCGUAGUGGACGACAAGGGUAAGACUUUGGGUGUCUGCCUGCCGUUCAGGGGAAGCGGGUUCUCUCAACGGGGCGAGGGAGCUUUGCAGAAGUGGACGUCUGAGCAGACCGUCGGCGGCCGGAAGCGGAACCUCGGCUCUCACAAAACGGUGUGGGAGAGGGCAUACACGGUCGCAGUCUGCUGGAAGUUCUACUUCCCGGAUAUUGAUGUGCAGGCAUACGGCAUGAAUCCAAACCGUAUUAACAAGUGGCAGGAAGACCUCGACUUCACAACAGUCCUCUCUUCCUACUCUUGCUGA